AUGAAAUCACAAGAAUUAUUCGAAAAUAAAUUUGUUGUUUAUAUUAUUACACUUAUUCGUCUUAUAACAGUUAUUCCUUACAAAUGUGUCAUGAUAAUAGUACGAUCUAUUGCCGAGUUAGGUAAUUUCUCUUCUUCAAAUCAUCCAAAUGGCAAAGAACAUUAUAGCUGUGAAUAUGGUUCAGUUAAAUAUUAUAUUUAUUGUGGUAUUGCUGGAAUGAUAAGUUGUGGCGUAACACAUACAACAGUUGUUCCACUUUUUUCGGCGUAA